AUGGCGAGCCCGCCUGGUGAAGAGACCGAGGGCGUCUUCGACAUUGAGGAAAUUGAUGGCACGUCACCAUCAUCGGUAAAGCAUUCCUCGCAGAGUUCUGAAACCAAAGAAAAUGAGGCAUCUACUAGCACAGCUGGAAUCAACGAGGACAUUGAGCUAUCGAGACGGGCGGUGCCCGUGGUGGAGGAUGAGGCGUUGAAUGAGCUGUUGCCCUUUGGAGAGUAUGUGCCACCUGAGCGGCUGGCGGCCAGUGCCCCGCACUUUAUGGUGGGCCUUGAUGCGUGGGAGCUAGAGCACCUGCUGCACCGCCUGGCUGCCGCAAACACAAUGGAUGGCAUGUCUUCAAGGCGGGAUCGGCGGCGGCACCGCUCGCAUGCGCAUGCCAGCUCCUCCGCGCAGGAGCGGCACUCCGUUGAUGGCGAAGCGAGUAGUCAUGCACACGACAGCGGCCACGUGCGGAGUCGGAUGUCAGGGGCAGGCACGAGCAUCAGCCAUGCGGACGGCGCCUUGAACGGCAUCCCUGAUGACGCCGCCAUCCACCCCUCUUCCUGGCCGCCUCCCUCACAACGGAAUCUCAUGCAACAGUCGGCGCCGGGGGAGCCGCGGUCGCCGCAGGCGCGGGGGAUGGGCAUGGACCUGCAAGGGCUGCGCUCGCGGCUGGCGGGCAUCAAGGACACUUUUGCCAACACCACACGCAGCCUCAAGGGCCGCUGGGGCCAGCGCUCGGCCUCCGACCACAACGGCCACCAUCAGAGCCACCACCACCACAGAGGCGGCUCCCCUCCAAACACACCCUCCACAUCUUCAUCCACCCAUAUGGCCACUCCCCAGCGCACCACGUCUUCCUGA